UUUUGAUUUGAUUUUAAGUAAACACACGAAAUUUUUCCAUUACUUUUCUAUUUGACAAGUUGCUUGCUUGCUCCAAAUUCAAUCUUAAAUGAAUGGAGCCCCCACACAUGGUUAGUCAAACGGAUUUCGCUCUUGCUUUGUAAAAUCGAAAAAUUUCACGUUUUUACUUUAUGAAAAUAGUAAACAUUAUUUUAAAUUAAUAUUUUCGUCAUAAAAAGCAGUUGUCAUUUUUUGGCCGAUUUUUGGAAAUAUGAUUUAUCUGCCCCCCUCUUCGCCGUUCUGUUCCAGCCAAGUAGGGAAGCCUGGUUGCGUAUUUUACCAAUUUUUAACAUAGCAGUGAAUUGAUUCCCAAUUUGCUUGCCUAGCAAAUAAGUUACCUCUCAAUGCUAAAAUUAUCACUCAUCAAAAGUAUUAUAUAUGCUCCGCAUAAAAUGAUAAGUAUUUAUGUAUAAUGAUAAGAUAAAUAAAUCCAACUCAAACCGAGCAGUGCAAAUCCAACAUAAGGUACAUAUCUGUACCACCAAGUAAAAAUAAUUGGCAGUAAUUAAUUAAAUAUUUGCAACAUGAAAUUAAUCUUCCUUCUACCCACUCUAAUCGUGGGGUGUGUCGCGGUACAAAAUUCUAUCACGAUUUACAACUCGACCGAUCAGCAAGGUGAGAGUAUCACGUUUACCGAAAAAUUGGCGGAUUUGUCGCCAUGGCGUAGCUUUCUGGAUUCGGCACAAUCAUUCUGUGCGACAGGAGUUUGGAUGCUCUACAACCAGCGGAAUUUCGAAGUCAGUCAAUUCUGGUUUGAAAACAAGUGUGGAAACUAUCUCCGUUUCCAUCUCGGAAAUUCGAUCCGAUUUCCCGGCUUAUCGGACACCGACGCCGCGUCGACCCUUUCAUUCUUCAAUGGGACGUUUCUAUCGCCAUGGAGUGGGCUGGAAAAAUUGGUCGUGGCGGAUUCCGACUCCGCCGUGGGAUUCGCGGCGACCUGGAUCAUGGUGAUGGGAUCGUCCAACUGGACGCUGUACUCGGCCGAAAAUUUCCAGGGGGAGGAGACCUGCAUUUUUGAAAAGGAUGGUGGAGCUCGUGGGUGGUACGAGUUGGACACGCGGGGCCGACAAGUUAAUUCGGUGCGGCGUGGGUGCAACUAAAUUUUUAAGAAGGCAUGAUUUUUGCAAAUAAAUUGUUUUAUUUUGCAAUUUUUGCGAAAAUAAUAGAGAAAUUUGCUAUUUUUCUCAAAUAUUUGUCCCCCCUUGGUUAUGCUGCAUACUUGAUUAAUUUUUAAAUGCACGUAUGUAAAUGUCAUGUCCUAAAUUGUUCACUAAUUACUUAAAUAUGUGAUUUUAUUACUCAAUGCUUAAAAUGUAAAUAUUUUCAAAUAUUGCAGAAAUUUCCAUAUCAUUUAUGUAUAUAUAGCAAAUUUUCAUAAAUAUUCUAAUUUUGACAUGAAUUUGUUAUUAAGCUCAACCAUGUUAUGCAGACAUAUUUUAGUAACUUUAAAUUUCAAAAUUA